AUGGGGAAGAAAGUGCAGGUGGGCACUUCAGCUGUGCAACCCUUGAAGGCAUCCAAGGCCAGCCCAUCCAAGAGAGUCAUUGAUGAUGAUGACAAUGACAACAAAGUCAAGGUGGUCAAGAGCCAAAUGCAUGCAAAGGGAAAGGGGCCAGUGCGAGGUGGGCUAGACAGCAAGGUCACUGCCAACCUGUUGCAAUCACUGAGGUUGUUGCACACUGAAGCCACAGCUUCCCAGGCCACAUAUCUUCAACUUCAGGUACACAUCAAUCAGCUCACUGAGGCACUGGAAAAGAUUGGGGUGGAGUAG